ACGACCGUCUGGGCACGGCAGCUCACUCCGACGACAACCGCUGAUCGAACACUGCUCCUUUUGGCCGCAUUACCUGGCAGAUCCGUGGCAACGUAGAUAGGUACUUUAGGCAGGUACCUCGUUCUCAAAUCGCUUCCCCGUACAACCUCGGCAAUCUCGCCAUUUCGACGCGUCGCUCCAUGCGAUCCGUGACCUGCAUCGCCGGAGUGGGGUAGAAGGGAGACCAAAGCUCUGGACUGUAUACGCUCAUAUCGGACAACCACAUUCGCACGACGUGCAAGACCCAAGAUGGCGCCUUUGACGAGGGAGGAAGUCGCCAAGCACACCUCCGACGAAGGCCUCUGGACGAUUGUCGAUCAUAAGGUCUACGAUGUAUCCGACUUCCAAGAUGCACAUCCCGGUGGCUCCGUUGUCUUGCGGCAAUUCGCUGGCAAAGAUGCAACUCAAGCAUUCUACAACCUUCAUCGGCAUGAAGUGCUCGAACAGUACUCGAAGUUGUGCGUGGGAACGAUAGAGGGAGAGACGCCGGAAGUGAUUGAUCCCCAAGUUGGAGAUUUGAGCUCGGUGCCUUACGGGGAAGCACUGUGGCUCACUCCGCAAUUCACUUCACCGUACUACAACUCGGCCCAUCGCUCACUCCGAAAGGCGAUGAGGACGUUUGUGGAGACUCACAUCAAGCCGGAGGCCCAAGAAAAGGAAGAAAGUGGCGAAUAUAUUAGCCAAGAGCUCAUCGACAAGAUGGCGGAAGCGAACAUUCUUGCAAUGCGCAUGGGACCCGGGAAACACCUCCACAAUCGGAAGCUGUUGGACGGGGCAAUCGAUGGGAAAGAUUUCGACUUCUUCUCCGACCUCAUCAUCAACCAAGAGCUCGUCCGGGCCAAUGCGCGAGGAUUUCAAGACGGCAACAUGGCUGGGAUGUCGAUUUCACUCUCGGUCAUCAUCCAAUGGGCCAACGAUGAGGAACUGAAGAAGCGCGUUACGGAGGAGGUAUUUUCUGGUCAGAAGAAAAUCUGUCUCGCGGUUACAGAGGCCUUUGCCGGAUCGGACGUGGCUGGAAUUCAGACCACUGCCAAGCUCAGUGACGAUGGCUCGCACUAUAUCGUGAACGGGACGAAGAAGUGGAUAUCUAACGCUGUUUGGUCGGAUUACUUUGUGACGGGAUGCAGGACUGACGGAGGCUUCUCGGUGUUGUUGGUGGAGAAGCAGGAGGGAGUCAAUACUCGUACCAUUCGCACCUCCUACUCCGCUGCCGCCGCGACGAGUUUCAUCGAAUUCGACAACGUCAAGGUGCCGGCGAAGAAUCUCCUUGGAAAGGAAAAGCAAGGCUUCACCGUGAUCAUGAGCAAUUUCAAUCACGAGAGAUGGAUGAUUGUUUGCUGGGUGUGUCAAUGGAACCGCACUGUCCUCGAGGAGUGCCUGAAAUGGACGAACCAGAGGAUGGUCUUUGGGAAGCCGCUGGUGUCGCAGCCCGUCAUCCGACAAAAACUUGCCCGGAUGAUUACUCUCGUGGAGUCGGCGCAGGCCUGGCUGGAACAGAUUACAUAUCAGAUGAACCAUAUGAGUUACCAGGAUCAAGCGAAACACCUGAGCGGCCCUAUUGCUCUGCUCAAGACGUAUUCAACACGAUGCUCACAGGAGAUUGCGGACGACGCGACGAACAUGUUUGGCGGCCGAGGCUUGACAGCGACGGGGAUGGGCAAGGUCAUUGAGCAUUUUCAGAGAGUAUACAAGUUUGAUGCCAUUCUUGGAGGUGCGGAAGAGGUCAUGAAUGAUCUCGGUGUGAGACAGGCGAUGAGGUUCAUGCCGAACUCGAAGCUGUGAGAUGGCGGAUGUAUAUCGCUGGGGCGUUUCAUUGGGACGGUCUAUAUAUCCACCGGGUACUUGUUGUAUCGUUCCUUCACU